GGGAGGUGAGGGAGAGGCGGGCGGCGGGAGCCCUUCCUCCCUGCCUCCCUCCCUCCUGCCGCAUGUCCUUCCCCGCCGCCCCCUCACCUCCGGAGGAGAGCGCCCGCAGCCGACAGGUCUCUGCCCCGGCCCGGGCAGGCUCCGGCCGCCUCCGCAGGUGGUAUUUCCCUCUGCUGCCCUUUCAAUGUGGACCACCCUCCCUCCUGUUCUGCCUAUUCAGAUUUUGACUUGCAUGUAGGCUCUUAGUCCAGCGUAAGGCUGAUGGGUGGGAGCAAAGGUAAACAAUGAUGUCAUGCAGCAGCAGCCAGAAAGCAUCUUUUGUGUGAGUUGUGAAAUGGCUACUCCAUAGUCAUCUGCUGAAUCAGAUGUGAGGGGCUGCUUUGUGGAGCAAGCCCUCUCUAACAGCACAUCCCCUGCAAGCAAGAGGAACCAUUCAGCUGAAGAGCCCUUGCUGAAAAUGGAUUUAACUUCGCUUUUGCCGGUCACCACCAGCAUGACCUCAUACACUGCUGGUACAAUGCUGUGGCUAAGCCUUUGAGUACACAGCCAUUACAUCAUCGCAGUGCAUUGGAGAGGGAGGUGGUGAAAGAGGCCUCAUUGUUGUCAUGGCUGAUGAGAUGAUCGGGACUCAACUCAUCGUGGCUGAGAAGUUGGUGGCUUUGCUGGAGGGUGGCACUGAGAAGUUGCUGCUGAUUGAUAGCCGUCCCUUUGUGGAAUACAACACGUCCCACGUCUUGGAUGCCAUCAACAUCAACUGCUCCAAGCUGAUGAAGAGGAGGCUGCAGCAGGACAAAGUUUUGAUUACGGAGCUCAUUCAGCAUUCAGCAAAACACAAGAUUGAGAUUGAUUGCAAGCAGGAAGUGGUGGUGUAUGACCAAAACUCUAAAGAUGUGACCUCUCUUUCAUCUGACUGCUUUCUUACUGUGCUCCUGGGCAAAUUGGAGAAGAAUUUCAGCUCUGUGUAUCUGCUUUCAGGUGGAUUUGCUGACUUCUCCAGCUCCUUCCCGGGUCUCUGUGAAGGAAAAUCUCCACUCAUCCCUACUUGCAUUUCUCAGCCCUGCCUACCUGUCUCCAACACUGGCCCAACCAGAAUCCUGCCUCACCUCUAUCUGGGGUGUCAGAGGGACGUCCUCAACAAGGAGCUGAUGCAGCAGAAUGACAUUUGCUACGUACUGAAUGCCAGCAAUACUUGUCCAAAGCCUGAUUUUAUUCCAGAAUCCCAUUUCCUGAGAGUGCCUGUGAAUGACAGCUUUUGUGAGAAGAUUUUGCCCUGGCUGGAUAAAUCAGUGGAUUUUAUAGAGAAAGCAAAAGCCUCAAAUGGCCAUGUCUUGGUGCACUGCCUGGCUGGAAUAUCACGCUCUGCCACCAUCGCCAUCGCUUACAUCAUGAAGAGAAUGGAUAUGUCCUUGGAUGAAGCUUACAGAUUUGUGAAAGAAAAAAGGCCAACCAUCUCCCCCAACUUCAACUUUCUGGGACAGCUGUUGGACUUUGAGAAGAAGAUCAAGACCCAGAGCAGUCAGCCUGGACAUAUCAGCAAGCUGAAGCUCCUGCACCUGGAGAAGACCAGUGAGCACGUGUUGGGCCCAGAAGGGGGGCAGAGCAGCCUCUGCUCUAACCAGCUCUGCAUCACUGCUACCUCCGAGAGGACGGAGCAGCAGCCUGGGGACUGCAUCAGUGCAGCACGUGGGCACUUGUCCCCUCCAGAGGACAGCCCCCUGGUACAGGGCAUCAAUGGGCUGCACGUCUCCCUGGACCAGGUGGAAGAUAGCAACCGGCUGAAGCGCUCCUUCUCGCUGGACAUCAAAUCCGUGUCCUGUGCCACGAGCAGCAGCUGCGUGGCCACAGCCGUUCCGGGCUUUUCCUCCUCCGAAGACACCCGGGAGUACUACAAACAUGCGGCAGCUUUGGAGGGCAGCAGCAAGCUGUGCCAGUUCUCCCCUGUCCAGGAGGUCUUGGAGCAGACUCCAGAAUGCAGCCCUGACAAGGAAAAAGCAAACUCUCCCUCGGAACCCCAGAGCACCUGGCAGCUGGACAGCCAGAGCAAGCGGCAGCACCUGGGGAGAGCCGGUGGCAGUGCCACCACUCAGCGCUCGCUCCUCUACCCCCUACACCGGAGCGGGAGCAUGGAAGACAACUACAAAACAAACUUCUUGUUUGGCCUCUCCACCAGCCAGCAGCAUUUGGCAAAGUCUGCUGCUGGGCUGGGCCUCAAGGGCUGGCACUCGGACAUCUUGGCUCCUCAGACGUCGGCUGCAUCCCUCACCAACAGCUGGUACUUUGCAGCAGAGUCCUCUCGCUUCUACUCUGCCUCAGCCGUCUAUGGGAGCAGCGCUGCCUACUCUGCCUGCAGCUGCAGCCAGCUGCCCACAGGCUGUGACCAGGCCUGCUCGGUGCGCAGGAGGGCAAAGCAGGCUGAUCGAGGUGACUCCAGGAGGAGCUGGCAUGAGGAAAGCUCUUUUGAAAAGCAGUUCAAACGCAGAAGCUGCCAGAUGGAGUUUGGGGAGAGCAUCAUGUCAGACAACAGAUCCAGGGAAGAACUGGGGAAAGUAGGCAGCCAGUCCAGCUUCUCAGGCAGCAUGGAAAUUAUUGAAGUGUCUUGAGGGGCAGCAGGCUUCUGUGACUGUAGUGGAGCUGCCUCCUCCCUUCAUGCUUCUCCUCCAGCAUUUGAGCUGUCCCUGUAAAUCUGAAAAGGACAAACUUUGUGCAAACAGGUGGAGGAGGAGGGAAGAAAUGUUAGGGUUCAGCAUGAGCACAGUGACUAGGUUAGCAUAGCAAAGAAGUGACAAGUGAGCAUCUGCUGGAGGAGCCCCAGAUGUAUGCUGGGCUUUACUUCUCUUUCCUGGAGAAGGGCAGAACACUGCACAGCUCUGCCCCUGAUGGAAGCAGCAAUCAUAAGCAACCAACUUCUCAGUGGUUGCUAAAAAGCAAGCUCUCUUGGCAGACAACCCUUCGCUGGUUCCACUGCAAUGUGCUCCUACCCUUCAAAGCUAGUUUUGUUCUCUCCUCCUCAUGCCCCAUGUUUUCACCGGUGCACCUUAGCCCUGACACUGAGCCAACUUCUGGAGGGAGACCUUUUUCCUCAUCAGAAAGGAGACUGGGAGAGAUUCCAAAAGAGGUAGGGAUUGGUCACGGCAAGGCUGAUCUGAGCAGACAGCCCAGGCAAGUGUAAAUACUGUUGUAACUAUUGUUUUAACUGAUGAUAGGCUUUAGGUGAUUUGCUAGAGAGCUGCUUCAGAGAGAGAAAAAAAAUAAAUCCCAAUACCUCAAAAUUACAAAAAAUAAAGUAGGGCUUGCUGGCUGCCAGCUGCUGGUAGUCAAUUCAGAAGCAAUGUGAACAAGUGACAACUGGCCACGUGCCUUUGGUUUGAUGUUCUGGAGCUGUCUACGCACAAGAGUUGCAGUUGGCUCAGCAGCAGCUCUUCAAAUCCCCAGCCCCCCAAGUAAAGCAGGCUGAGGCCUGUUCCCCCAGGCUCUUGAAAGAGAAAUGAACAGCGUGGGUGGGUUUACAGCAAAGGGCAGCUGCUCUGGCUCCUAAGCUGCAGUGGAAUAGGCAAUACUUAGGGUUACGUGCAAGAGAAGUGGCUGGUUCAACACCACAGCAUCCUGGCCUCGCCACUUUUCAACUCAACAGAUGGCUCUUCAAGGCUUGUCUUUCUUCGGUGGUGGGUGGGGUUUUUUUCCAUUGUUUCUUGUUUGGGGGUUUCGGUUUGGUUGUUGUUGGAGUUUCUUUGGGUUUUUUUUAAAGCCAAAAUUUCUUUGGGGUGGGUUUUGUCCUUAACUGAGCAGUACCAUUAAGCAACUGUUCUCCUUAGAUGGUUCCUAAGCCGUGGGUAGAGGCAAUUGAAGUGCUUGGGGUUUUUUCACCCCAAAAUCUUCACUCAGACUGUGGGGACUUGGAGAUGGAAGCUUCUCCUUCCUUUUACUGACUUCAUCUAAGAAAGAGAAGCCUGGCUGGCUGUUGAAGGAAAGAGAAACCCUUUAGCAUCCUAUCUUGUAGUGUGCUGUGAGAAAGGGGGGGGUUUGAGAGCAGACAGCUUCAAUGGGCAGCCUGCUCACCUCCUGUGCUUGCAGCUCCUGGAAGUUGUCCCCUGGCCUGGUACAGUGUCUUGGUUUCUCAGCAUGCCAGUGUACCACACGGCUGUAGACCUUUUGCACUGUGCUGCUAUGCAGUCCCACGUCCUGGCCCUGGCCAGAUGGAGGUGGUGUCAUUUUCCUGCUGCCAGUGGGGCUGUGUCGUGGGAGAUCAGGCACAGCCCUUCUCGUUUUGAGGAGGUUCCUGUGGUACUUUGGCUGCUGCUGCUCAAAUUGCUCUAUUUGCAGGUUUACAGUCAGGCAGGGGUGGUACCAGUGGCAGACCUUAAAGCUUCAUCCCCCCUGCACCCAGCACACACCCCACCCCCCCAACCGCCUGUCUCAUUUCAGUGAAGGCAGCUGAAAACUUACUUUAAAUCUCAUGUAGCAACCUCCCCCAGGCCAACAGCUUUAAAGAGACUGUCAACAGCAAACUGAAGCCCUAAUUCAAGUCACCAGCUUGGGUUCGAUUGGUUUGGCUUGUUUGUUUUUUUUACUGUACGUGUAGCUAGUUUGUGACUCAAAUCUCAGGUUUUACUCUGUUGAAAAGUGGAGAAGAUUUUUGUCAUUGUUUUGUGGCUAGGACGUGACUUUAAUUCCCUACAGCACUGAAAGCUACAGCAUUGAUUAACUUGAUCCUAAAAAGUGCAAAAGGCACAGAGAGGCAGCACCAAGAGUAACUGACCCCAGAGGCUGCAUUCAUGCUGUGUCUGUGAUGCUGGAAGAAGGAGCAGGCUGGGCAAGGGAGAGGUGGACAGCAGACUGGGGAGCAUGUCAGGUCUGGGCUGUUAUUUAAACACUGCCACUUGUCUCUGUUUACAUAAAGGCAAGUCCAUGACAGCUGUUUGCAGCAUGUACUGACACUUGCUGUGAGUACAGCCCAUGUGAACAGGCCUAGCAGUGCUCCCUUCAGCCAGAAUUCAGUGAGCAUCCACGAGUGGGAUUUCCAUCAGUCAGUGGGGGCUAACACAAACACUUCCUAGAGGCAGGAACCCAGACUUCCUGCUUUGUGCCCCUUACCUCCACACUUGGUUCCUUCCCACUCUCUGUACAUGCAGAGAUGUAUGGAUGGGGUUGGUUUGGUGAAUGGCCUCCUGAGGAACUGAAGUCUGCUCUUCUGGCUCGGGAUUUCCCAACACACUUCAGUCAUGGAAUAAAAGCUGUAGGCUCAGUAACUUUCUUCCAGUAGGAGGAUGCCUUAACCCCACAUUCUGUACAGGGUGAUGCCCUGACUCUUACCUGAAUGAGUGUCCUGUAGCUGAACAAUGCUGGGAAUGGUUUGCAGACGUUUGGAAAGCAAAGUGGAGGAUGUGAGGGUGGCAAUGUGUACAUGUUCCAUAUGAAUAUAAUGUUCUCUGGUGUAUGGAAGCUGCUUCAGUGGUUGAGAUGUGAGUUUCUCAUCUUGUGUCAUGAGCAUUACUUGUGUGUUACAAUGAAAUAAAAGCAGAAGUGGUACCUGUUUCUAGACAAA